GAAAGAGUUUGUAACGGCAAGAUGACCGGCAAAUACGAAGUGAUUAUUAUUGGAGCUGGAAUCUCUGGGAUCAAGACUGCCAUUGAUCUCUACCGUGGAGGUGUCAACAAUAUUUUAAUCCUUGAAGCAAGAAAUUGUAUUGGAGGAAGAUUGAAAUCGGUGAAAUCAGAAAACUUCCCUCAUGUAACUUAUGAUUUGGGAGCUUCAUGGUUUCACGAUGCUUUAGCGAACCCAUUGUUUGACAAGGCCCGGGAGUUGGGGAAUAUCGAUUACUAUUUUGAUGAUGGGGAACUGGUGUACUUUGAUAAAGAUGAUAAAACUGUUCCAAGUUGGAAAUUUGAGCACAUUACUGAUGAAAUAAUCUGCUAUAUUAGUCUUAGUUAUCUGAAAGACCCAAAUAAGCCAGACAUUUCUUUGAAACAAAUUUGUCAAGAGUAUUAUGAAAAGAAACAUGACUUGAUUGACCCAGACCGAUGGGGAAAGGCAAUUGCAACAAUAAGAAUUUUUGGAGAACUUUGGCACGGAGAGUCUUGGGACAAUCUUUCUGCAAAAUUUGUAUUUGAUGAAGACGGUCAUUUGGGAAGAAAUGUUUUGGUUAAGUCUGGUUAUUCAAAAGUAAUUCAAAAUGAAAUGAAUGAGUUACCGGACAAAUUUGAAACCACUAAUAUCAAAUUGAACACCUCGGUUAAGUGCAUUGAUUAUUCGAAUGACAUUAUUAAUAUCCAUACUGGAAAUGAUUCGUUCAGUUGUGAUUACGUUGUUCUGACGCUACCACGGAGUCUUUAUUCGAUUGAUGAUCCAAAUGAUCCCUCUUAUAUAAAAUGGGUUCCUGAAUUGCCUGGUGAUUUCAAAAAAUUGAGUCACUAUUUCGAAGCAGGGUCUCUUGGGAAAGUAGUUUUUGAAUUCAGUGAAUGCUUUUGGUCAGAGACUGUUGACCGCUUCUAUGCGUUAUCAAAACAAGAACCGAAAAAUCCAAAUGAUCCUCAACCUUGGGAUUAUCCAACUAUACUUAUCAACUACCAAGCAAAUUCCGGAGUGCCUGCUCUUGUUGCCCUAACCCAAAACCCAUUAUCUUCCACUAUUGAAAAUUUUGACCCUAAAACGAAAAAUGAAAGAAUUUGGCAACUUUUCCAACCAGUAAUUGCUCAAAUUUCAAAUGCCAAAGUCCCUCCACAACCAAUUAAUAUCUUACACACCUCUUGGAAUAAUGAUAUUUGGGCUCGUGGUGCUUACUGUACUUCUAAAGUUGGGUGUCCUGACUCCGAAACGCUCACCAAUCUUUUCGCCAAAGGCUUGAGCAACAAAAUCAGGUUCGCUGGCUCCGAAACAGUAGACGGUUCCGCCAACGGGUGUGCCCAUGGUGGUUGGUUCAGUGGUCAAAGAGAAGCUAAAUACAUUUUAGAUGAUAUUGCAAAAAAACUUUAGUUAGUAGAUUUAUAUACAGGUC